AGCGGCUGUCCUCGCUGGGAGUAGGCUUCCGGCCACACGUAUGCGCCACCACUUGGAAUACAGCGAACCGCUGUCGAGACUCGCUCAACGGAUUGUGGCACAAAUUCCUUCAGUAUCCUUGCAUCGACAACUCCAAUCGAACUAACACCGCGUGGAUCCAAGGACAUCAAACUGCGGCAUGGCCACAUCCGCUCUUGUACCAACCGUGCUGGAGUCUAUUCGGCCCGACACCUUUGACGAGGAUGGUCUGGAGAAGCUGCGCUUCUUGUUCUCAGACACACUCGUGCUCGCUGCCUUGGACCUCAUCGACAGGGAGAGCGUCAUCAAAUAUAAGAAACCAUGGGGCGGCAUACAAUAUGAGGUAUAUGGUUCGACUGCUAACUACACCGUCUUCCCUGGGCUUCCGGGACCCUCCCCCGACAACAAGUCAUCGUCCUACUGUACAUGUCCUGCGUUUGCGUAUUCAGUACUGCUAUCACGAACGCAGAUCAUGUGUAAGCAUCUGCUAGCCACUCUGGUCGCCGAGAGAUUGUCCAAGUGUAUAGAGCGAAACAUACAGCCCAAUGAUCUGGCGGCUUUGUCUGUACGACACUGUGCAAGUUGACACUAUUCGCAUUGGACUGUCUAUUGUACUAUUAGACCGAUAAAUGGCAGCUUUGUACAUGAACCAGAUUAGGAUCUACCACGUAUAUAUCGUACAG